UUCAGCGACAGGCUCUGGAAAACACGACGCUGUGGAUACUGGAGUUACUGACGGAAACCUGUAGGUCUGUUCUGGGUACAUUCAAGCAUGGAGGAAACGUUUGGGAACGCAGGGAGCCGGAGAUGCUGUAGGACCGGUUUAUACGGACGGCUGAUUUGAAAAUAAAAGGAGGACGAUGGAUACGGUACACCGCUGUCCCACCAUGGACGGCACUGCUAUGUGCUGGGGCAAGGCCAGUGUGGUCAGCUUCAUUAAGGGUCUGGCAGCCUCUCCCGAAAGCAGCAACCCUCCUGUGGCUUCUGUGAGGCACCCUCGCAGUGAGAAGGGACCCAGCACCAUGAUGCCUAUCAGCGUGGAUCCGGAGAGCCGUCCCGGCGAGUACGUCCUCAAGAGCCUCUUCGCCAACUUUGCAACGCUUUCCGAGCGCAAGAUUUGCCUCAUCAUGGCCGAACCGCUGGAGAAGCCAUUAACUAAAUCACUGCAGAGGGGAGAGGAUCCACAGUUUGACCAGUUGAUCAGCUCAAUGAGUUCUCUGGCUGAAUACUGUCUGCCGUCUAUCCUUCGCACGCUGUUCGACUGGUACAGGAGGCAGAACGGAGUGGACGAUGAGUCACAUGAGUACAGACCACGCUCCAGCACAAAGUCCAAAAAUGAUGAACAGCAGAAGGACUACCUCUUGGAGAGGAGAGAUCUGGCCAUUGACUUCAUCUUCUCCCUCGUUCUUAUUGAAGUCCUCAAACAGAUGCCUCUCCACCCAGGCGUGGACACUUUGGUACUGGAAGUCAUUGACCUGGCCUUUAAGCACUUUAAAUAUAUAGAAGGGUACCACAGUCCUAACGUGGCCAACAUGCAUAUCGUAGCAGAUCUCUAUGCUGAAGUCAUAGGAGUCCUGGCUCAGGCAAAGUUUCCUGCAGUAAAAAAGAAGUUCUUGAGUGAACUGAAGGAGCUGCGUCAGAAGGAGCAGAACCCCGGCAUGGUCCAGAGCACUAUUAGUCUUAUUAUGGGCCUCAAGUUUUUUAGGGUGAAGAUGUACCCCGUCGAGGAGUUUGAGGCAUCUUUUCAGUUCAUGCAGGAGUGUGCACAGUACUACCUGGAAGUGAAGGACAAGGAUAUAAAGCAGGCCCUGGCCGGCCUCUUUGUCGAGAUUUUGAUCCCUGUCGCAGCGGCGGUGAAGAACGAGGUGAACGUUCCCUGUCUGAGGAAUUUUGUGGAGAGUUUGUAUGAAACUACGUUGGAUCUGUCCACUCGGAAGAAGCACUCGCUGGCUCUGUACCCACUGGUGACAUGUUUACUGUGUGUCAGUCAGAAACAGUUCUUCCUCAGCAGAUGGCACGUCUUCCUCACUAACUGCCUCUCCAACCUGAAGAGCAAAGACCCGAAGAUGGCUCGAGUUGCGCUGGAGUCUCUGUACCGUCUUCUCUGGGUCUACAUGAUCCGAAUUAAAUGUGAAAGCAACACUGCGACACAAGGUCGUCUCAACAACAUUGUCACCACGUUGUUUCCGAAGGGGUCUCGCAGUGUGGUCCCAAAAGACAUGCCUCUCAACAUCUUUGUUAAAAUCAUUCAGUUUAUUUCACAGGAGCGACUUGAUUUUGCCAUGAAGGAAAUUAUCUUUGACCUUUUGUCUGUGGGAAAAUCUGCAAAAACCUUCAGUCUUAAUCCAGAGAGAAUGAAUAUUGGUCUGCGAGCGUUCCUGGUCAUUGCUGACAGGCUACAACAGAAGGAUGGAGAUCCACCGAUGCCCAACACAGGAGCAACGCUGCCGUCUGGAAAUACACUGCGGGUCAAAAAGACCUACCUGAGCAAAACCCUCACUGAAGACGAAGCCAAACUCAUAGGAAUGUCUCUCUAUUACUCCCAAGUACGUAAAGCCAUCGAUAACAUCCUGAGGCAUCUGGAUAAAGAAGUGGGUCGCUGUAUGAUGCUCACCAACGCACAGAUGCUCAACAAAGAACCGGAGGACAUGAUCACUGGGGAGAGGAAGACUAAGAUCGACCUGUUUAGAACUUGUGUGGCCGCCAUCCCUCGUAUCCUGCCUGAUGGAAUGAGUAAACCAGAACUCGUUGACCUGCUGGCUCGGUUAACCAUCCACAUGGACGACGAGUUGCGUCUGAUAGCUCAGAAUUCUCUCCAGAGUCUGUUACUGGACUUCUCAGACUGGAGGGAGGAGGUGCUGCUGGGUUACACUGGUUUUCUGCUGAGGGAGGUACAGGAUACCCAGCAAUCACUGCUGCACUCCUCUAUCAAACUGCUCCACCAGCUCCUCACUCAAUGGAGAGUGGCACUGCUUACCUCCAACAGGAGCAACGAACAGUCCAACAUCUGCUCUACAGAGUUACUGCAGGGUGUACCAGGAUCCAGGCCUCGAUCUGACGCUGCACCUCUGUCAGUGGUGUUACGAGCUUUAGAGGGUCUUUCCCUGGUGCUACUCUGCUCCUGCCACACCACCACCCGAAAACUGUCCGUGUCUGUACUGAGAGAACUCCGUCUUCUGCUGCUAACUGUCACACACACUGAGGAGGACGAGCGGCCAAUGCUGGACGUGCUGGACCAGGCCAGCCAAGUUGUACUGGAGAGCUUCACCCAUGUGUUAAGUGACUCGAUGUCUGUACCUUCAGGGCACCAGGCUGAUCUGCAGUGGUUGGUGGAGUGGAGCGGAUCUCUCCUCAGCAGCCACUACGAUGUGUGGAGUCCCUCAUCUGUGUGGGUCGUUUCACAGUGGGCACGGGACCCCUGGGCACUCUGCCUCUUCAGCCUGCUGAGACAGGAGCACCUGCCCAAACAGUGUCCGACAGCACUGAGCUACGCCUGGCCCUACGCCUUCACCCGCCUGCAGCUGCUCAUGCCGCUCAUCGAGCCUGGCAACCCAGCUAAUGCUAAAAAGACAAGUGCGUCAGCUUCAGGUGACAGCUAUGUGCCUCUGUGGAGGAAUUACCUCAUCCUUUGUUUCGGUGUGGCCAAGCCAAGCAUCAUGAGCCCGGGUCAUCUACGAGCCUCUGCGCCCGAAAUUAUGACCCCUACUAAUGAUAACGGCUGCAGCUACGAUUACAAGGUUGUAGGAACACCGUCAGUGGCUUGGCUCCUGAAGCAGCUCGUUCCACUCAUGCGCUCUGAGAGCAUUGAAAUCACAGAGGCCCUGGUGCUCGGCUUCGGCCGCACCAACUCGCUUAUAUUCAGGGAGCUGAUUGAAGAACUUCAUCCUCUCAUGAAAGAAGCUCUGGAAAGAAGACCAGAGAAUAAGAAACGGCGGGAGAGGAGAGAUCUGCUCAGGCUCCAGCUGCUGAGGAUUUUUGAGCUUCUGGCGGACUCUGGAGUAAUCAGCGACAGUACUAAUGGGGCUCUGGAACGUGAUACCCUGGCUCUGGGAGCGCUCUUUCUUGAAUAUGUAGAUCUGACCAGGAUACUGUUGGAAGCUGAAAAUGACAAAGAUGUGGAGAUUCUCAGAGACAUCCGAUCUCACUUCAGUGCCAUGGUGGCCAACCUCAUACAAUGUGUACCAGUGCAUCAUCGACGCUUCCUGUUCCCUCAACAGAGCCUUCGACAUCACCUCUUCAUCCUGUUCAGUCAGUGGGCUGGUCCGUUCAGCAUCAUGUUCACUCCUCUUGAUCGUUAUAGUGACCGCAACCAUCAGAUCACACGCUACCAGUAUUGUGCCCUAAAGGCCAUGUCAUCUGUGCUGUGUUGUGGUCCAGUGUUCGACAGCGUGGGUCUCUCACCAGAUGGAUACCUCUACAAGUGGCUGGAUAACAUCUUAGCCUGCCAGGAUACGCGGGUGCAUCGGUUGAGCUGUGAGAUCGUGGUGCUGCUGUUGGAACUGAACCCAGAUCAGUCCAAUUUGUUCAACUGGGCUGUGGAUCGUUGUUACACCGGAUCGUACCAGCUGGCCUCGGGCUGCUUCAAAGCCAUCGCCACCAUAUGUGGGAGCAGAAAUUAUCCUUGUGACGUUGUGACAUUACUGAACCUCAUCCUGUUCAAGGCAUCAGAUUCCAGCAGGGAGAUUUGUGAGAUUGCUAUGCAAUUAAUGCAAAUUUUAGAGAUGAAGCUGCGAGUUUAUUCUAAGAGAAUAUUAGAAGAGAAAAAAAGCAGCAUUCUGCAUGGCACCCACGGUCCUCUGCCCCCUCUCUACAGCCUCUCUGUGGAACAACUGUCUGCCCAGCUUGCCAGGAUGUACCCCGAACUCACCUUACCCCUCUUCUCAGAAGUCAGUCUGAGGUUUCCCUGCGCCCACGCUAACGGGAGGCAGGUGAUGCUGAAAUAUCUGCUGCCGUGGCUGCGAAACAUGGAGCUGGUGGAUGGAGGUCUGCUGCCCAUUACCUCCAGUCCUGCCCACCUGUUAGAUAAGAGGCAUGGCUUUUCCAUGAUCCCACCUUUAUCACACCUCCCAGGUUCAGGCUGGGGCUCGGCACAGGCAACCUCGUUUGUCCUCAACAACCUCAUGUUUAUGACCGCCAAGUAUGGAGAUGAUGUGGCGGGUUCGGAGAUGGAGAACGCCUGGACCGCUCUGGUGUGUAACGAAAAAUGGAUCAGUAACUUACACACGGUUCUGCAGUUCCUCAUCAGUCUUUGUGGAGUCAGCAGUGAUACGGUGCUUCUCCAACACAUUAAGAAGGUGGUGAUCUACCUGUGCAGGAACAACACCAGACACACAAUGAUGGAGCUGCUGUUUGAACUACAGCAGACCGACCCUGUUAAUCCAGUAAUCCAGCACUGUGAUAAUCCCCCAUUCUAUCAGUUUUCAGCCACCAGCAAGAUCUCCAGUGCCAUCUCUGGUACAACGUCCAGCAGUAACACUGUUGUUCCUGCUCAGGAUAUUAUUGCUGACACUGAUGAUGAUAAACUUAUCAAGGAAAAUGAGGACAGGCUGAGCAGUAUGUUGAGGACCCAUAACCGCUUGGAGUCUCGCCACAGCAACAGUUCCGGAGGCUCGUACGAUGACGAAAAGAGUGAACCUCUCCCAUUGUAUGCUGACUGGCUGAUCAACGUGCUGGAGACCAAUCAGCCGCUGCCUUUACCCAUGCCUGCUAACGGAGGCUGCUGGGCGCCUCUGGUAGACUACCUGCCCGAAACGGUGACCCUGCGAGGGCCUUUACACAGGUGUAAUAUAGCGGUGAUCUUCAUGACGGAGCUGGUGGUAGAUCACAGUGUGAGAGAGGACUGGUCCAUACAUCUGCCCGUGCUCCUCCACUCCCUCUUUCUGGGAAUGGACCAUUGUCGACCUGAGGUGUUUGAACACUGUAAGCGUCUCCUCAUGCAUCUGCUCCUCACGCUGUCCUGCAGCAGGAGUUUUCCCUCCAUCUCCUCCACACUGCUGCACUCCAAAAAUUCUGGUACCCAACCCACCUACCAGCCCGACUUCUUCUACACAGGUGGCAUUGAUUUUCUGCGGGAUGCCCAAGCGUCUCCGGUGCCCGACUCUGGCUUGAGCUCGUCUUCCACGUCGUCGAGUCUGAGUCUGAGUCUGGGCAGCAGCAGCAGCAGCAACCUGCCCCAUUUCUCUACUGACGAGUCGGAAACACUGGAGAGCAGCACUGAGAGCGAUGAGAAGAGCUGCAAACUGGUGGAGUUUCUCACCACACGGCCAUUUGGACCGUUAUGGUGCCAUGAAGACAUCACCCCAAAAAGCCAGCAGUGUAAGAGCACAGAGCUGCUAACCAACUUCCUCCGCCAUGUAGUCUCAGUUCUUAAAGAGUCCAAACCAGGGGCAUGGCUGGAGCAGCAGCUGAGUGAUGUGGCUUUGCAGACGGCCCUGUCCAGCUCGUCGAGACAUUAUGCCGGUCGUUCCUUCCAGCUUUUCCGUGCACUCAGACAACCAAUUUCAGCGCUGGCCAUGUCCGAACUGCUGUCCAGGCUUGUGGAGGUGGUGGGGGAGCACGGAGAGGAGGUACAGGGUUACGUGAUGGAGCUCCUCCUUACUCUGGAGUCUGUGGUGGAUAAUCUCGCCGAAUGCCUGAAGAAAUGUGAUUUAAUGGCUGUGCUCACCAGAGCUUCAUCUCCAGACCUCCUGACAGAGAGCAAACUCUCAGUGAACAAGAAGAGCAGCAGUCAGCUCGAUUUGAUGCCCGGCUCUGGAACGGCGUCUGAGAAAAUCCGCCAUCAGCGGAGCUACUCCGUUCCUAAACGCUUCGGUGAAGCAGAGCAUUCUUCGGACAUUCCUCGAAGUGCCACCCUGGACCGCAUCAGUGCCCGCGCCCAGCGACGCCAGGGCAAUUUAGGCAAACUUCGCUCACACUCGUCCAGCGUAUCCAACUCCUACAGGGAAGAUGUUGUUUCCACCAACCCUGCCAACGCAAACCACCCUCACAACCUUCUAGCGACCAUCUUCUGGGCAGCUGUGUCCCUUAUGGAGUCAGAUUUUGAGUUCGAGUACCAGAUGGCACUGAGGCUGCUGGUCAAGCUGUUAUCUCAUAUCACUCUGAAGAAGCAAGAGAACCGAGAGAAGCUGGAGAAGAUCCAGAGCCAGCUGAGGUGGAACGGCUUUAAUGGGCUCCAGCAGCCCAUGCUCAAGGGUUUCACAUCUGCUUCCACUACAGAGGUCACACUGCAGCUCUUCUCUCAGCUCACGCCUGUUUCUCGCCUGCCUGUGGUGGACACGUCCCAGUCCAUAGGUUUCAUGUUGAACGUGCUGUGUCUGCUCCCUCACCUGGUGCAGCACUUCGAUUGUCCCACUCAGUUCUGUAAGGACGUAGCCGAGAGGAUCGCUCAGGCGUGCCUUGUUGAGAAGAACUCCAAGCUGUCGAAUUUGGCCCACGUGAUGAUGCUGUAUAAGACUCACUCCUACACACGCGACUGUCUGUCCUGGGUGAACGUGGUGUGUCGAUACCUGCACGAGGCCUUCAGUGAAAACACACUGUGCAUGGUGACCUACAUGGUGGAGUUGUUGGAGAAAGGAUUACCCAGCAUGCAGCAGAGUCUCCUGCAGAUUAUCUACAGUCUGCUCACACACAUGGACCUCAGUGCCAUCCAGACCAAGAACUUCAACACCGAUGUCAUAAACACCAUCGACAAGUUUGUUCAGACGGCACACUGGAAGGAAGCUCUGAACAUUCUUAAGCUGGUCGUGUCUCGAUCUGCCAGUCUGGUCCUCCCCUCGUCCCCUUCAGGCAGGAGCGUCUCCCAUGUGGAUGUCAGUCGCGUGUGGGACACGGCGUCUAAAUCUCUACCCGGCAAGACCCUUGAUUUUCACUUUGACAUCUCGGAGACGCCGGUGAUCGGGCGCCGUUAUGAUGAGCUUCAUGCUUCUCCAAGACGGGGUGAGAAAGUCGGAGCAGAGGUGGCUGUGACUCGCAGCACCUCCUCCACCUCCUCCGGCUCCAACAGCAUCAACCACGUGCUGGUUCCCGUCAGCUGGAAACGGCCUCAGUCCUCACAAAAGAGAACAAGGGAGAAGCUGGUGAACGUGUUGACUCUGUGCGGACAGGAAGUGGGGCUGAGCAAAAACCCUUCGGUGAUCUUCUCGUCGUGUGGCGAGCUGGACCUGAUCGAUCACCAGCCCAGUCUGGUGUCCUCGGAGGACGGCACCCGGGACCUGGACAACAUGGACGACACGACCUCGGAGCAGCAGUUCCGUGUUUUCCGGGACUUUGACUUCUUGGACGUGGAGCUGGAAGAUGGAGAGGGGGAAACAGUGGACAGUUUUAAUUGGGGCGCAAGGAGGCGCUCUGUGGACAGUCUGGACCGUAUCGAGCAGCGGUUGGAGGAGGACGAGAGCCAGCUUUCGGGCAGUUCGCCCAGCCUGGGACCCAUAAUCCGCCGAGAUUCAGACGAGUCAUCUGAAGAAGAUUCUCUCACAGUCAGCCAGAUCCUGUCCUCCUCACGACUCAAUGUCAUCAUGUCUCCAGCCGAGCAGAUGAACCACACUGUCUGUUCUCCUUCCUCACUGGAUCCUGUGCCAGCUGAACCCCUCUCUCCAUCCCUAUCAGUGCCCGGCCUCCAGCCUGCUAUGCCCGAGGACUCGACCCCGAGGACUGACUUAUCAGCAGAAGAUGAAGAAGCCAGCAUCCAUGAGGAUGAAAUCUGUCUCCGCAUUACUGAGUCUCCGACUGAUGGUGCGUUUAUUGACUUUCAGGAAGAGGAUAAGAUAGACGUAAACUCCGGCUGUGCAUUCAGCAGGGUCGGGGAUCAGCAAAGUUUAGUGACGGUAACUGAAGAAGAAAGGGAAGAUCUCGAGUCACAUUCCUCCUCCCCUCCUCCAUCUCCGUUCUUUUCUGCAAUUCUUGCUGCCUUCCAGCCUGUAGCGUGUGACGAUGCAGAGGAAGCCUGGCGCUGCCACUUCAACCAACUGGUCGCCGACACAGACGGGUCCUGCGCCGUCUACACCUUCCACAUUUUCUCCACACUCUUCCAGAACAUCCAGAAUAAAUUCUGUUCCUUCACGUGUGAUGCUGCUGGAUACCUUGGUGAUGGUCUUCGAGGAAUAGGAACAAAAUUUAUGAGGUCGUCGCAGAUGCUUACGUCCUGCUCUAAAUGUCCCACGCUGUUUAUAGAUGCCGAUACCAUUGUUUCGUAUGGACUGCUGGAUAAAAUGAAGUUCAGUGUUUUGGAGCUGCAGGAGUAUCUGGACACAUAUAACAACAGGAAGGAAGCAGCUAUCUCAUGGCUGCAGGACUGCAAAACCACCUUUCCAAAAAGCUCAGGGGAAGCAAUGAUCACAUAUCAGCCUGCCGAGGUUGAAGAAAAGCAGAUGGAAUCUCUUGCACAACUGGAACUGUGUCAAAGACUUUACAAACUCCAUUUUCAACUGCUCCUGCUUUUUCAGUCAUACUGUAAACUGAUCGGUGAAGUCCAUUCUAUCAGCUCUGUGCCAGAGUUGCUAAACAUGUCCAGGGAGCUGAAUGAGCUGAGGAAUAACCUGCGAAUGGCAGCAGCUUCAUUAGCUGGAGAGCAGACAGCACAAGGCCCUAAUACAUCCGCCGAUCCUUCCUUCAGCUCAUCUGAGGCCGCAGUGCAGGCCGUCCUGGAAAGUCUUAGAAACAACGAGUUCUCCUCCGCCAUCCGCUACAUUCAGGAAUGCAGGAAACUGUGGCCCAGGGACAUUUUUGGCAGCAGCUCAGAGAAUGAAACCCAGACUCUUCUAAAUAUCUACUUCCGUCAUCAGACUUUAGGUCAAACGGGCACGUUUGCCCUAGUGGGCUCCAGGCAGGACAUAUCCGAGGCCUGUACUCGUCUCACCGAGCUCAACCAGGAGAUCCAUGACAUGAUUCGACGAGCUCAGGGCUACAGCACAAUCACCUCCUUCCUACCUGACUCCAGUGUGACUGGGAUCAGCCUCUGAGAUGCUGCUCAUUUAGAUGUUGCUGCCUUUACUGUUGUUUUUCUGUCUGGUACUGGAUGUGUGAGACCUCCUGCUUCUGCUCUCCAUGACUGCCUGACAUAAUAUAACUGAUUUAGAAGGUUGUGAAGGCUCAGCUAAAAACACUCCUUGCUUUUAUUGCACUACAUUACGUACAUAUAAUGUCAUACAAUCCUUUAAACCCACUGCUGUCAACAUGGGCAAAACCAAAGCUUCCUGGAUUUCAUGCCCAUGUCUUCUUCAAGGGAAAACGUGCAAUGCUUCAUAUGAGUCGAAAAGACUUACUGUAUGUUUCUUUUUAAAUUAAGUGCUUCAGGCUACUUA